AAUGGAAUUAGACUGACGAAAUAGACUAGAAAUACGAAAAGUUAUUUAAAAAUAGAACGACAUUCCGGCAUUAGGAAUUUAAAAAGGAAGGUGAGGCAAAAAGCGAACAGCAAAGACGACUGGGGCGCAGUGAACGAUCCCACGGCACCAUGGCAGAUCGGUGACGGCAAGCAGGUCUUUUAGUAUUACCUCUACCUUUCCUGUGGGCACCAGGUGCGCGGCGGGUCAUUAUAACAGGUCACAUAAACGCAAGUGUUUUCGGGUCACACCUGUACCACAUGGAGGGAGUCAGACAUAGAAAGUCGGGGUCAGACAUGAGUGCCGCUGCCAAAAGUGUCCGGUCGUCGGGAGCAGUCCACAGAUCAUUCCGUUUGGCUAGAUUAUUUUUUUACGCCGUUCUGUUUUCGCUCACCACGCUCGUCAUACUUGUUACACUUAACAACACAUGGCCCUUAAAGAGUAUUGGGCAUAGCACAAACUCUCUGGACCGUGUGUCUGUUGCCCUUGGAGUGCAGGAGCGUGUUUAUGCAGUUAUCAUAGAUGCAGGUUCCACCGGUUCAAGGGUUCUGGCAUUUACAUUCUUCAAGAGUUUAGCAGGCGGAGUAUGUGAGGAUACUUUAGUGGCCAAAGGACCACUUAGCUUCAUCGCAAAUAACUCUUCUUAUGAUAAAUCCUUGAAAUUGGAUGAUGAGUUGUGGCAUGAAGUCAAGCCUGGCUUGUCCAGCUAUGCGGAUAAUCCAGAGGAGGGUGCUAAGUCAUUGAUUCCACUCCUUGAACUAGCGAAAGGUCGAAUACCUCAAGAACACUGGUCAUCCACACCUUUGGUGCUAAAAGCAACUGCUGGACUUCGGUUGUUGCCAGAGGAAAAGGCGGAGGCGUUGUUGCAAGAAGUUCGAAAAUUACUGGGUGGAUCAGGAUUCCAUACUACGGACAACUCUGUCGGUAUAAUGGAUGGUCGAGAUGAAGGAAUUUUCUCCUGGUUUACUGUUAAUUAUCUUAUGGAUCGUGUAGGUGGUGAUGCCAAGGAAACAUUAGUGGCUCUUGACUUAGGAGGUGGUUCUACUCAGAUAACAUUUGUCCCUGUAGAGAGUGACACAUUGAUGAGCACUCCAGAAGACUACCUCACCUCUAUCUCUCUGCUUCAUAGGGAACUGAAGCUCUAUACACAUAGCUAUCUCGGUUUGGGACUUAUGGCUGCCCGUCAGGCUGUGCUCCUGAAGCAUCGGGGAGAAGACGGAAUCAUUCGUUCUCCUUGCAUUAACCCCAUUAUAGAUCAUCAGUGGAAUUAUGGUGGCAACACAUACACUGUAAGAGGUCCUGAACAAGCCAAAUACCAAGAAAUCAGAGGCCAGGCUGGUCGUCUGAGUGAAAACCGUCCUGUUGCAGAUCAUACAACCUGCCUCAAAACUUGUGUUGAAGUUAUAAAAGAUCAGGUUCAUGCUCCUUCAGAAUUGAGAACGAGAGAUGUCAUAGCUUUCAGCUAUUUCUUUGACAGAGCAACAGAAAGAGGACUGAUUGAUCCUUUCACUGGUGGAACCAUCACUGUCCAAGAGUUUCUGCAAGCUGCUGUACAAACUUGUAAUAUUCCAAAUGCUGAACAGCCAAUGGCAUGUUUAGAUCUCACAUACAUUGGAGCAUUCCUCACCAGUGGUUAUGGCCUGAAGGGUGACAAUACAAUUAAGUUAUAUAAGAAGAUUGAUGGGUACGAAAUAAGCUGGGGGCUUGGCCUAGCAUUCCAUGUCAUAAACAAUGGAAUCUAGGUGGCUGAUUUCUUCAAAGGUGGUUUGAAAGGUUGAGGUUGUUUAUGUUGGUAUACUGUUAGGAAAUGGUAUGAAGUCAUAUCACUGAUAAUCCAAGUGGAAUGGUGUAUACAGAUCUGUGAUCUAAUUAUCAAAUUGAUAACUAAGGGGCAUCUUUUUUUUUUUUUUUUUUUUUUUUUGUUUUUUUUUUUUUUUUUUUUUUUUUUUUCUCUCAAUUUCCGGUGAUGAUUGAAUUGUACCUUGAAUUUUGUCUUGCGUGUACUGCUUGCGAUUCUCAGCUUCUUAUCAAAUGCCAUUGUCAUGGAAGUAAGUGGCAUUUUUUACAUAAGUUAUAAAAAAAAAUUUCCUAUGUGCAUAUUUUAAUUUUUAUAUACAGUGGUACCUCGUUUGUUGAACGUUUAUGUCAAACAGUCUGUUCACGAAUGAAAUUUUCAAGAAAAUUUUGUAUUGUUUGUCGAACAAAUGCUCGUCCUUCGAACUGAGUGAUUAUCUUGUUUAUACUUGUAUUUGACGGUCUACUGCGCCCUACAAAAAAAACUGUAUUAACAUGUUUUUUCAUUUACAAUAUAUAAUUUAAUGAUAACCUUAUUUGACAGAAUAAAUAAAGACUAAACAAGGGAGCCUUGAUAUGUAGAGGAGAGAAGGAGAAGCGAGAAUUAAAGUAUUACUCUGAGUUAAAAUAUUACUGUAUGUAUGGUAAAGCAAUAACAAUUCACAUAAAAAAGUGAAUUUCACACAUUUAACAUAAUGAUAACAUAUGAAAACAAUCAAAUGCAAUACACAAACAAUAAAAAGUCUUAAUUGAGCCAGUGUUUGAUGUGUCAAGUUAGAUGGCAUAGUUUAAUCAUAUUCAGCAAAAUAGUAAAUGAAAGAACAAACCAUUUCACUAUAAAAUUUAGCAUAAAUGAUUGACAAAAUUAUUUGUUAUUGUGGUGAUGCACAGCUAACUUGAGAUAGAGGGAGGGAGAGUUUAUAUUUUUGAGGAAUAAUGAAUGAAUGAUUUUUAGUUAUCAUGCAUUGUGGUAUUGUUGAGGAGAGAAGAAGAGACUGUAAAAUCUUUACUAUAAUAUGUACGUAAAAGCAGUGAUGUUAUGUAACAAUUCAGUUAAAAAAAUAAAAUGUUAUAUUUCACAAUGAAUUUAGCAUAAUGAUAAAAAUGAAAAUCAAAGGCAAUACAGAAAAAAAAAUAACGCUUACUCAAGCCAGUGCUUGGUGCUCUUGAGUGAGACGAUAGAGAGGAGCUGGGAUGAUUAUUCGCCCAAGUCACUUCUUUUCAUUACGGUAAAAUAUCUAUCAAGUGACAAUUGCUUUUUAUGAUUUUUUACCACUGUAAAAGUAAUUCAGCUCCAUAAUAAACACACUGGCGCCACAUUCAGCUUCUGUGUGCAUUUGAUUGUUUGUUUAAACAGCUUCCUUUUGAAAAGUUAUUUAAUCUCCCUUUCCUUUUCUUGCAUGUUUUACUUAUUACUUAUUUGUUUGCAAAAUCCUCAUGUUUAUUAUAAAUUCUGCCAUUUGCUAACAGUAAGUUGAUGUAUUGUGGCAUAAUUAAUCGCUUUCAUGCACAUAAGAUCCAAGUGUAAACACAUCAACAAUCAUACUCGCUGAUUACUCUCUCUCAGACAGUCGGACACACACACACUAUAGAUUCCUUUGAUUAUCCUUUUUAAAAUGUUAAUAAAAUUGAUAUUAUCAACCCUUGCGUACUGUGACCUUUUCGGUUUCCUCAAAGGCUUCCUGUCUUUCCUCCCUCCAUCCCCCAGCCGGCCGUGCACCAUUUUCAUAAAUCGUUCAUGGAAACAAAAUUUUUUCGAAAAUUUUACUUCAUGUAACAUUGUUUUAUUACUUUUACUCUUAAUUUAACUUUUGAACACAUUGAUAAUAGAAAAAAUGUGAAAAGGGGGACUUUUUGGGUUGUCAGGAACAAAUUAUCCUGAUUCCCUUUAUUUCUAAUGGGGAUAUUUGUUUCAUAUUUCGAACAAAUUGUAUUUUGAAGAGCCUUCUGGAACAGAUUAAGUUUGAAGUCCGAGGUACUACUGAAUUUCUUUGAAUUUCUUUUUUUUAUGUUUGAGACCAGGGAAAUAUAAUGUAUAAAAAAUUGUAUUUCUGUAGGUUAACAUAUAAAAAACAAAAUGGACUAACUAAGGCGCUGUCACACUAGCGAAUUUUCCGUUGACUUUUUCUGAGUUUGUCGUCGACUUUCCAAAGAAGUCGACGUCAUUCCGUACUCUUGUUGUCAAACACGUUCUUCUUUGUACCGUGGUUGUCGUCGUCAAAACGUAAACAAACCAUUUGAGCUGUGACUUCCCGGAAUGAUAAAACAACUAUGCUUUAUAACACAAAGCAACUAGUGGGUCGUGCUUGCAUGUGUUUAAUGAUGCUACAUAGAAUAAUGAAAAAAAAAAAGUCUGGGUUCGGUCCUGGUUAACAAGACGUGAAAAGUUUUAUUUUAAAAAAUAAGCUAGAGCUAGCCUAGAUAGGCUAUUCCUAACCUUGUUUACAGAACCACAGUCAGACUGUACUAGAAAUUAAGCUAGAGAAACACUGCAAAAAUUUUAAAGAUUUUUGUUUAUAUUUGCUAAUGCAAAAAAAAAAAAAAUGAGAGCAGACCUAGGCUAUAUAACAAUCUGAUAUUCAAGAUAUAGCAUGCUUAUCGGCAUAAAGAUCUGCAAGUUCAGGAAAGUUUUCCGAGAGUCGCAUGGUGAUCUCUUGGUAAUUUUUUUUUCAUUUAAGGCCCUUUUUCAUAAAACUACCAUGAUUAUGGUCCCAUAAGCAUCGUCUCUCCCCCAUAUCUUUGACCAAAAACUGUUCUGGCAAUCUUGCAUCUGAUGACUUGAAAUGUGCGCUCUCCGAGAUAUAACUAAACAAUAAAGUCGACGGUAGCGAUGGAUUGAAUUCGAUCGGUACAGUUUUCAAAAAUCGUGACGACGACACCAGAAAGUCGUCGUCAAAACUUGAAAAGUCGACGUCAAAUUCAAAAGGCAAUGGAAAUUUCGCUAGUGUGACACUGCCUUUAGAGUGAGGUUGAAGAAGUAUGUGAAAUAUUGUUGCCCUUUUUGUGUUUUAACAAAUACUUGGACGUUGUGAAUCUGAUUUUGGCAAACAUCUUAAUUUUAAACACCACCUAUUUUGUGUAAGUAUGCCUCAUGUACAAUAUACCUCAUUGUUCAAGUAUAAUGUGGAAGGUCAUUUUACAGACUCAGAUAGGUUAGGUUUGGCAAAGUGGUAACAUUUAAAGUCGGUGUCACACAGACUUGUAUUUUUUGUACCAUUUGAUAUCUUUCUGGACUUUUUUUUAAUGAUUUAAGUCAUGCUUGUACAUCACUUUGCUCUUGAUGUAUGCAUCUUUGUUAUUGAUGAAUGAUCAUUUGGCAUCCAUGAAUAGUAGUGCAUGAUGUACUUCAUUAAUGUGCAGUUCGUACAAUGAAAGUAUGAUUAGCCUGUACUAGAGAGAUUUUGAGAACAAGCUUCCACAAUUAUGUUAUUAAAACGGUUGAAAUUACUUUCACAGUUGGAUGAGGGAUAAUGCCCAUCAAGUUUUAAAGCUAUAUAAACUGAAAAUUUGCUGAUGCCCAUCUCAUAAAACACAAUAUUCAAGUUGAUACAUGGAUGAAAGUAAUGGUAUAAAGUUUUUAAUUUAGUAAAUGGACCCAGGACUUAGUCCUUAAAAUAAAAAAUCUUGAAGUACACUGUUUGUGAGACACUGACUGAAUCAUCUACUUAAUUGUAUCUUGCUAAAAAGAUGCCACAUUGAAUUCCAAGGUGAUCUCAAGCAGUGUUUUAUGUGCUUAAGCAACCUUCAACCUUCAAGGGUAAUGAUCAGAUUUACUUGAUUGGGAGUUUAAACAAUUUAUUAUUAAUGAUAAUAGUACUUGAUUUGGGUACACUUGACAAACCUGAUCUGGUGAAUAUCUGUAGAAACUGAUCUGUGAAUAUCUGUAGAAACUGCCAACGUUACCAGAAUUGUAUUUAGUUAGGUUUGGUAUUUGAGUUUAUGUUUAGGUGGGGUUUACACAAUUUCUGGAAAUAGUUUCCUAGAAAGUUUUUUCAUUUUGCAAAUGACCUUGAGAAUCAAAUGAUUGUUGGUUGUAUAAUUUCUUGUUGAUAAUGUAAAGGUUUUAUCAUGUAUUUGUUGCAUCUUUUUGAGCUGUAUGUGGUAUAUUGUUGACUAGGUUGAUAAGCAAGCAUUGAUAUAUAUUUAUUACAAAUUACAUCAAGUUUUUAGUUACCAAUACCUUAAAUGAUGUUGAAGCAAGUUGUAAUGAAUAUGGCUGUUCUUGAUAUGUGAUGUGCAGUGGUAUGCUUUUUCAGAACUGAGAAAUAUUUUCAAUCAAAAAGAGAAAGGGAACAUUUAUGUCAAAUUGUUGAAAUUUGAGGUUGGUAUAAAUUUUUUAAUUGUUUGCUUAAUCAAAUUUUUAAUUAGAGUAAAAUGUUAAGAAUAUAUUGUACUUUUUAUGCAAUACUUGUUACUGUUGAUAUCAAAAGAAUGCGGCAUGUAGUUUGUGGUAAUGGACUAAGUGGAUUAGUAUUGCAUAUUGAAAUACAAAUGUAUGGUGGAGAUUUGUGUACAUACUCAUGGCAGUUUAUGUGCAAUGGCCACAACUUGUGCAAUGUAAACUAUUUUUUUAAUAUGGUUUUACCUGCCAGUGCUACUGGCAGUAUUAGUUCUUAUGUAUUAGAUGUCUUAAUUUUUACUAAUUAUUUCAUAUUUCAUUUAGUCAGCUAAAGUUAGUUAGUGGCUUUUAGUUAUUCAAGUACUUCAUUGGGGUAACCGAAGUUAACACGUAUUGCUCCUCACACAAGUAGAAAAUCAUGUUUCCAUUCUUUUGUAUUCUGUUUCUGUAUUAUUUUUGAGCAGUUGUAGCAAUGGGGAUUGGUUGAUAGUUAGGUAUUCAUGUACUGUGGUAUGGCAUCCAUUGCUUGUACAGUAUACUACCUAUGUAACUUGUCUUGUCCUCCAAGAGCUUGGUGAGGCAGUACCUUGCAAUGAUUUACUAGGGAUAUAAAGAGAUUUUCUCUUAUAAUUGUCUCCUGUGAAUUGAGUAAUUUUAUUUAGAAAACACAUAAUUAUGCUUUCGUCCAAGAUUUUUUAUAUGGAGUACAAAGUCGUGUUUUUUAGGGAAUUCUUGUAAAUAUUCUGGUCUCCUGGUCACUUGCUUGUGGUUCGUGAAGCACUCUAUGUCAUGAUAACAUUUUAAACUGUGGUGUUGUAAAUAUAAAUUUAUAUAAGAGUGAUUCUACAAUUUAUAAUUAAUGAUGUAGGAAUGAUGUUUUGACUUGAGAAUGCCUUUAAAAUUUUAAGAGAUGCUGCUGGACGAAAGGCUGAAAAAACUGGUUGAAAUCUGUAAUUGUUAGUUUGGCUUCAUAGCAGAAGCAGUCUGUGAAGCAACUUCUAUAGGAUAGAAGCAUAACUGAAGAUCUAGAGUAAAGGCAGUGGCAGAUAUAUCUGAAGAAUUUGAGGUAGAUGCUGUUGUUAUUAAAGGUCAGCCAUGAGCUUUUGGGGUUUAUUAUAGUAAUAAAGAAAGCUACACAAAAGUGCAGAAAUGCAGGCCCUCGGCUCUGUUAUAUGAAGGUAAUCUAGUGUUAAGAGCAGAAUCUCAUGAAUUUGUGGUAAUGCUUUAAAAGGUUGAAGAGUGGAUUGUAGGCAAGGACUGAAAAUCUGCAAAAGCAAUUACCUAUGUAUGUGGUGGUGGAGACUGGAAAGGAUUCAAAGGAGAAAAGUAAAGUCAGGAAAGUGUCAAGUGGUUAAGGCAGAGGGACAGGUUUUAGGUAGAACAUUUCUGCUACUUCGAGGACAUGCUAGACUCUGAACAGGGAUUGCAUGGAUAAUGUGGAAGGAUAGUUAGGUUAUCUAACAGUUAUGACUGGCAAAAAGUUAUUUAAAUUACAAAUUUAGUUGCAAAAGAUGUGAUGUCCAGCAGCUGGAAUAUAGCCAGGAUAUAUGAUUUAGAAAUCGAGGAAAAGUUGGUCAAAAGCAGUAAGUAGGUAAGGAAGUAUGAGGAUUAAACCCUGUAAUAAGGCCUAGGAAACCAUGCAAAAAGUUUUUAUGUAAAGACUAGACAUGUAGGCAUCUCAAGCAUAGGAGAAUGGAGUGAAGGCAUUUCACAUGCAACUCUGUAAAGGGAAAAGAUGAUGCAAAGAUUUUUUAUUGGCAAUUUAGAUUCUUCAGUUUUAAUUCUAACACAGACUUAAAAGUUCACUCUUUACAGUUAAUUUACUUCCUGUUUUUGUUUGACCAUUUAGUGGAAUUUUUAAAAAGUUCUUAUACAUAAUUAACUUUUAUAUAAACCACAGCCUUUCAGAAUGUAAUAAUUUUAGUAUGAUUUGAGUGACUACAAACCAUGGAUUCUUCACCAUUAGAGGAAUUAUUGCACAGAAUGGGACUGGGGAAGUGACCAGAGAAAAUAAUUUUAAUGUACGAACAAAACUGACCAUCAUUAAGAGAAUUCAUAUGCAAGUGGUUUCCAUUUGUCUUGAUCACUUCUAGCCUAAGCAUAUAAAUAACCUCCUUACUGUACCAUUCAGGUCUUUCUUUUUCUGUUGUGGAAAAAUAUAUGUUGGUGAUAUUGCAUUCAAGCAUUCAAGUUUCAUGCAACUUGGUACGUCUUUAGUUCUCCAUCUCAGUUUUGAAAGUGUUCCCUUUUGACAAUUAGGGUGCUAAUUUAAUGAGGCCUAUUAAUGUAACUACCCAAAUAUUUUUAUUCUUUUAGGGAAUCCUUAUGUCAUGUAACUUUGGUAUAGUGAUCACUUACCAAUACAGAAAUUAUUUUCUGUAAUUUCCAUAUUAAAUGUAUGGUUUAUUAGUAAUUUUUUAUCAAUAAAAAAUUUCUUUCACUUGAAAUGAAGCCUUUAA